AUGAAGCGGUCGCCAGUCAGUUGGUCACUUCUGUGGAUGGGCUGCACAGGCCUUUUCCUGCUGGCUGAUAGCCCAGCCCCUGUGAAAUCCCAUCACAUUUUGGGUGUCUUUGUCAAUGUGCACCGUUCGCAGUUAAUGGUCCAUUUGGCGGUAUGUCGGGCUCUAUUGCAGAGGGGUCACCACUUAACCCUGGUCACCACAUUGCCGCUGGAGGAGCAGGAGGUUCGGGGGAAUGUGUCACACAUUUUAAUUCCCUGGGAGCAGCCAACAGUGGAGGGAUCCUCCUCCUCGGACCUCCUUCUGCGUCUGCAACGGAUGUUUAGGCGGUUGGAACAUUCCGGAGAUCUGCUGGAUUUGCCGGAGUGGAAGCGGUUUCUCAGUAACCCACCUAAUACUCCCUUUGAUCUCCUUCUCUUGGGCUAUCAUUUUAACGAUCAUCUGUUGGGAGUUGCUGCGCAUUUCAACUGUCCAGUGGCUAUAGUUUCCACCCAACAGCCAACUGGAUUUGUCAACAGCCUAAUGGGCAAUCCCGAGGAGCGUUCGUACGUCCCACAGCCGUAUGAUGGCCACCAGAGGAGUGGAAUCUCAGCCCGCGUCUUUGGAAUUUGGGAGAAGUUCAUCGAAAUUUUGGCGAGGAGGGUACUGGCCAGGAUCUACAGCUUGCACUUUCCCGAACCGCGAUACCCCAGCUUUGAAACGAUGCGCCGAUCGGUGGUCCUGGCCUUAAGUAAUCAUCACAUGAUCAGCGAGGGUCCCAUAGCACCAUUACUUCCCAGUAUGGUGGAUGUGGGAGGUAUAGUCCUAGAGCAACAGCGAAAGAAGACUCCUCUGGAAAUAUCAGCUGGCAAUCGAUCUCUCAUCAUCUUCAGUUUGGGCACUCGCUUCACUUGGCGGAAGUCAACUGCAGAACUGGUGCAGACUUUCACAAAAGCUUUUUCUCGGUUUCCGGACUACGACAUUUACUGGACCUACGAUGGACCAAAUGGUAGUGCCAUCAGUUUGGAUUAUCCCCACUUGAAAGUCGCCAAGUGGUGGCCGCAAUCCCAGUUGCUGCAAAGUGGCAGGACUCGAUUGUUCAUCACUCAUGGAGGCAAGGGAAGUCUCUCGGAAGCCCUUUUUUAUGGAGUGCCCAUGCUGGGACUACCUUUAAUUGGGGAUCAGCGCGCAAAUCUUCAGAGAAUGCACUCGAAAAACUGGGGAUUGACUUUAUCUACCUACUCACGCAAUCUCACGCACUUGGAGCUAGCGAAGGCCAUUUCGAGAAUGAUUAGCAAUUCGAGUUACGGCGAAACUAUAUUGAAAGCUUCUCAAAUGUAUCGCGAUCGUCCAAUGAAUUCCAGCGAUUUGGCCACUUAUUGGAUCGAGUACAUCGUUCGACAUAAGGGAGCUAAAAAUCUGUACAAUCCCGCCAGGCAACUUAACAUGAUCGAAUAUCACUGCAUCGAUAUUUAUUUGAUAGUUUAUGGGUUCUUAAUUCUAACGAUUGCCAUACUCAGAAAAGUAAAUCGCUUGCUGUGACUAGAAGUAUUUUUAUUGCAUACAAAAAUAUAUUAAAUAAGUAGCUAGGACGUCAACUUAAUCGACAAUAACUUAAGUACACUCGAAUGUUGUUUGUCAAUACUUCUGAUCGGAACUUGGGAAUCUGUUUAAUUUAUUUUUAUAGAGGACCGAGAAUGCUAGUAAUUUAGGACCCUUUCAUAAAAGCGCUACAGUGAUUUAGAAUUCGACAGAUUCUUAUGGUUUUAAUAAAUUAUAAUUAAAACACUGUAGUCUUUUUCAGUUCGCACUGCAUCUUACACUCAGCUUAACUAGAAGUACAUUUUAAGUUUAUUUUCUGUAAAGUAAUCACUAGGUCCAAAAAUUAAUUUGAAUCGGUCU